AUCUUCUAGGCCCCUUGGCGCCCGGAUUUGGUCUAGCAACAGCGCCAUAGCGAGUCUCUUUACAACGCGUGACGCCGAUUUGCUCCGCCGUCACCAAAGAAAGCACCUUCUAAUUUGCCCCGUUCGCUUAUUGAUUCAAGUCAGUCUUUUAACUCCAACUAGGUUGACUCCUAUACCAGAGAUGCAGGUGUCAAAUGCAACCCAAAUGAUCAUGACCAGGGCUAACAAAGUGCUUGGCACCUGGAAGUUCCCUUUGAAUUCGUCUAUAAUUACCUGAACGAAGACAAAUGCUUUGGCCUAAGCCAUGGUAAGUUAAGCAGAAAAGUGAAUAUUCGAGGAAAGCAUGGACCGGUCUUCCAAGUUCUAGUGUCACUGCGGGGAUGGCUAGGUUUCGUCCUACUUAGGUCCAGUAUAAGUAACCCCAUGUUUCUAUCUGUUUCACUCAGGGUGUAUUAUUAUUGUUUCUUCACCAGCCAGUCGUUUCUGUCGCCCCCGCUCGUUACAAUUGUUUCAUUAAUUCAAAUAUCUCACUUAUACCUUCGAAGUUGGCGUCGAUAUCGUUCUACUGCCACUUUCUGUAUACUUCUCCCCCUAUCCGGAAAAGGAAAUCAGCAAGCCGCCAUGCGCAUGUUCCUGAACCUGCUUGGCCUUUGUGCCACCAUGGCCUCUGCCAUUCAAAUCAUAAGCCCUUAUGGAAAUUCCACCGUGGCCGCGGGCGCCAAAACACUGAUCCAGUGGUCUUCUGUUGAUACGGACCCUUCCAACUUCGGCAUCUAUCUUGUCAACUUUGUCAACUGGCCGCCAUCUUAUGUUCCUCUGGCUCUGGACGUCCCCACUGAGGAUGGCUCCUACUCUGUCCAGAUCCCCUGUGACACUCCCGCUAGCUGGGGUUACCAGAUCAAUGCGAUCAACGGCACCAACGUCUAUGUGAUCUAUGCGCAGAGCAACAAGUUCAGCGUUUCUCCCGCUCAGGCCGGUUGUGUUGACAGCACGCCGGUUUCUACCUGCGCUGCGCCUGCAGCGACGACCGUCUACGUUACGGUGAGCCCUACCGGUUCCUCAAAGAACUCCUCUACCCAAGCACCCGCUACUGCUUCUUCUUCUUCUUCUUCAUCCCCUGUUCACUCUCAUUAUACCAAACCGGGAGUCGUUCCUAAGACUAUUGGUUGGAAAUCAGGCUACGCCAGCCCCGUGACGCUCGAGCACCCUCCGACUCCGAAGCCUUCAGCCCCCUCCUCCGAGGACAGCACUGGGCUUGUGACUUCGAUGAGCAACGAUAUCGCUGCCGCGCAACCGACUGAUGUUGAGAUCACUUAUGUUACGACUUGGGUUACGGUGGCAUGUGAGGAAUGGAGAUAUUAGAGAUGACAUCUCAGGCAUUGCGCCUGUCUAAAAUUUCGGACAACUUCAGGACUUAAUCUUUUCUCCUCGAGGUCCUACGUGGCCGAGUCUGUUCUUGGAUGGGUAUAUGCAAAGGUGAUAUUUAUAUAGUAUCGAAAUUACCACAUCGCACAAGAAUCCAGAUAGAAUAUGAUA